AUGUCUGGUAGAGGCAAAGGUGGUAAAGGUUUAGGAAAGGGAGGCGCCAAGCGCCAUCGCAAAGUGCUGCGUGACAACAUACAGGGCAUCACGAAGCCCGCCAUCCGUCGCUUGGCCCGACGCGGCGGCGUGAAACGCAUUUCGGGCCUCAUUUAUGAGGAGACCCGCGGUGUUCUUAAGGUGUUCCUGGAGAAUGUGAUACGGGACGCCGUAACCUACACGGAGCACGCCAAGCGUAAGACAGUCACUGCAAUGGAUGUUGUCUACGCGCUCAAGCGCCAGGGACGCACUCUGUACGGCUUUGGUGGCUGAGCCUCACCCCGGCUUUUUAUUUAACAGCUCACCCACAAAAGGCCCUUUUCAGGGCCACCUCCUUCGUCA